CUAUUACACGAACGGACGUUGAUUGAAGAGAGCCUCCUCAGUGCGUCAGCAGCAGCAUAUCACUCGUUAAAAAGGUCUUACGCAAUCGAGCGAAUGUCGCGACGCCAGCAGCAACAGCAGGUUUUGUCUUUGACGGCCGGAUCAGCAAGACUGAUGACGAUCCUUCUAGCGGCGGCCCUCUUGCUCCCAGCAGCCAUUUUGGCCGCCCCGCCGUCCUUGGCCGCUGGCUCCUUAGGCAAUUAUAAUAUUAUAUCGGGGUCGAUUACGACAUCGGGAGUCAGCUCGGGGGCCAUCAUGGCCUCCCAAUUUCACGUUGUUUAUUCGUCAAGUGUCAACGGUGUUGGCAUUUUCGCCGGAGUUCCUUACGGAUGCGCCCUGGGCUUGAUUGCCGAGUCGCUCAACUGCAUGCUCUACCCCAAUUUGAUUGUGAUGGCCAACCUCUACGGCCGGGUUGCCACCUACGAUUUGUACAACAACAUCGAUACUGUCGACGGACUGGUCAACGACAAGGUCUUUAUAUUCCACGGCACAGAAGAUUCGGUCGUGAAUCCAGGCUCCGCCGAUAACGUGGAAACUUUCUACAACAAAUACAACUCGUUGGUCUACAAUAAGAAUGAUAUCGCAGCUGAGCAUUGCAUGCCGACGGAUAACUACGGCGGAGCUUGCAACCAGCUCAACUCUGAUGGCGGUUACAUCAACAACUGUGGCUACAAUGGCGCAUUCGAGAUGAUCAACUACCUGUACGGAGGCGGAUUGAUCAGACCUACGGGAAACGAGGCCGUUUUGAGCAAUCUCCUCGAGUUUGACCAGUCGGAAUUCUUUCAAAUUUCGUCGCCGUCUGCGUCCAGUAUGGACGACAUCGGUUACGUCUACGUGCCAACCCGCUGCGCUAAUGGGGUCGCAUGCAAAUUGCACGUCGCCUUUCACGGCUGCCAGCAGGGAAGGGUGGCGGUUGGCACCGUUUACGUUGCCAACGCUGGAUAUCUCGAAGUGGCCGAAUUGAAUGAUAUUAUCAUCCUCUUCCCGCAAGCCAUCAGCAAAGCCCUUUCCAAUCCUCAGGGCUGCUGGGAUUGGUGGGGAUACACCAACAUCCUGUACGAUUCUAAUAACGGCCACCAGAUUAUCGCUGUCAAGCAGAUGGUUGACAAGAUGACGGGGUUUUCCAUCUGACGAGCGGAUAAACGAAAUAUACUACACUCGCAUUUGGACCAACAAUCGUGACCUAAUAACCACAAAUACAUGUACAAAAAUAUAUUUUUUUAAAAAUAAAUAAUAUUAGUGUACUAUAGUGUAGUGAGUAUGACAGAGUAUGAAAGUUUUCAUGUAUAUUAUCGAUUUGUAAUAAAUGGAUCAUUUACUCCUCAA